GCGCUUAUAGCUAUAUCCGAAGUCUGAAGGAUUUGAAAGUUCUGAACUUGACCAAGAGUAAGAAAGCUAAGGGCACUUCAACAGUGACCGGGUCGGAUCUUGGCGAUGUUUACGGUUCAGACUUCAAGUGUCCCGUUACAGAUGCACUCAUGAAUGGAAAGUCACGGUUUGUCUACAUUAAGGCCUGUGGCUGUGUCUUAUCGUUGCGGAGUUUGAAGGAGAUCCCCACAACCAAAUGCCACCUGUGCCAGCAAGACUUUGAGUCCAAAGACGUUAUAGAAAUCAAUCCGCCAGCAGAUGUCCGAGAGGAGCAGUUGGUGCGGUUAGCGGAAGCACGACGGAUUGAAAUGGAGAAGAAAGACAAGAGAAAAAAACGGAAAGGCGAUGGUGACAAUAAUAAAGCUACUAAGAAGGCGAAACAAAGCGCAAAGUCGGCCAAAGAAAAGAUCGAAGACGACAGUGAAUUGCUGGCGAACAGUGAGACGUAUAAGAGUUUGUUUCUGGAUCCUGAAAAACAGAAAGAGCAGGAGAAGAACGGGACUUUCACAUGUAGAGCCGUUCAUAGAGGUCAUCUGGGCUUUUGAAUAUAGAACCAUUGUCAACAAAAAUUAAAGUCAAGAGUACACAUGACAUAUGUCACUAAUCACUUGUACAACUACUUUAUUGCAACCCUUUCACUCAAGGGAAGAGCAAUUCAACGAGAGAU